AUGAACACAGACCAAAAGCAGGACCAUACGGCCUACCAGGAGCCGCAGGCAAUCCAGGAACUAGGCGCACCUGCAGAAGGCCUCGACGCCGGGUCAGACACGGGCUACACCACAAACCAGCAUCCGUACGAGAAGGUGCAGGCACAUCCUGCUACGAACACCCCACUCGUCGCGCCUCCUUCGUACGGCGGCACCGCUCGCGGCCACGGCCAGGAGGCGAAGCUGUGCAAGGUGCAGCGCAAGUGGCAGGAGGAGCUGCGGGAUGCGCAGAUGAGCGACACGAAGGUCGCGAGCUGGAAGGGGCUCAAGAGCAAGGCGACGAAGGGCAUCAGCCGAGCAAUCAACCGUACGACGGCAGUAUUUUGA